AUGAUUGUACCUUACACCUAUGAUGAUGAAGAUGAUGAUGACAUUGUUUACAACGACAAAGUUCACUCUAAUGCUGCUGCCACUACUACAGCUUCUGUUAAUAUAACAGAAUCAGAUGACAACAACAACAACAACAACAUUGACAAAGAUAAGGCUCAAUUGCCCAUGGCAACUACUACCUCAACAAUAAGAUCAGUCAGUUCGUUUGAGAAACUUGAUUGUAUUGGAGAGGGUACCUAUGGUAUCGUGUACAAGGGUAGGGACAAAGACACUGGACGCAUUGUGGCACUCAAGAAGGUCAAGAUGGAGAAGGAGAAAGAUGGCAUGCCAUUGACAUCAUUGAGAGAGAUAGAGUUGCUCAAACAAUUGAAUCAUCCUAAUAUUGUACGUCUACUUGAGGUCGUUGUUGGAUCAAGCGUGGACAGUAUCUACUUGGUGUUUGAAUACGUCGAGCAUGACAUUGCUGCAUUGGUGGAUCACAUUAACAAACCAUUCAAAGAGUCCGAGGUCAAAUGCUUCAUCCUACAACUUCUCAAGGCUGUUGAGUAUCUCCAUGCGCGAUGGAUCAUCCACAGGGAUUUGAAGUGCUCAAAUCUAUUGUAUGGCAAUGAUGGAUUCCUCAAGCUGGCGGACUUUGGAUUGGCACGCAAGGCUGGACACCCAGCCAUUCACUUGACACCAAAGGUCGUCACAUUGUGGUAUCGUGCACCAGAGAUAUUGUUGGGCGACAGCAAGUAUACACCGGCAAUCGACAUAUGGGCCGUAGGUUGUAUAUUUGGCGAGUUAUUACUUGGCAGUCCAUUCAUCAAUGGCAACAAUGAGAUUGAACAACUUAAGAAGAUAUUCUACCUGCUUGGCUCACCAAACAAUCAAAUAUGGCCAGCCUAUUCAUCACUUCCAUUAUCCAACAAACUGGACAUCACGCACUAUCCCUACAGUAACCUACGCAACAAACUAUCACAAUACAGUAAUAACUGUAUUGACCUUAUGAACAAGCUAUUGACAUAUGAUCCAAUGAAGAGAUUGACUGCUAGUGAAGCAUUGAGACAUCCUCCAAACGAACUAUUAUGGAUCACCACAAUAUCAAUGGAAGUGAACAACAACAUGUGUUCCCUCGAUACGACCUCCGAUGACACGUGGAUGUGGAUGUGGAUGAGAGGCCCAACCCCGAAUGUAACAUGA